UCCUGCGGCCCCGGCCAUGAGCUCCCGGGCCGCCCCGCGGCUGCUGACGCUCCGGCGACACCUGGGCCCCCCGGAGGGCCGUGUCAUGGAGGCAGCCGGCAGCUCGCUGACCACACACGUCCUGGACACCGCCACGGGGCUCCCGGCCCAGGGCCUCUGCCUGCGUUUGCACCGACUCGAGGACCACGGCCAGCAGUGGACCGAGCUCGGGACGAGCUGCACAGACCUGGAUGGCCGCUGCCCCGGGCUCCUGACCCGAGCCCAGAUGAAGGCCGGCACCUACAAGCUCUCCUUCGACACAGAGGCCUACUGGAGGAAGAGGGGACAGGAGAGCUUCUACCCGUAUGUGGAGGUUGUUUUCACCAUCACAAAUGAGACCCAGAAGUUGCACGUGCCUCUGCUGCUGAGCCCAUGGUCCUACACCACCUACCGAGGGAGCUAGAGCCUGGCCUGGCGCGAGGAAAGCCAUCUGCUCCUCCCUCUCAGCGGCUGAGCUGCCCGUCGGCCCUCACCAGAGCGGGCUCUGUGCUCACUGUGGAGCAGCAGCAUCACCCACUUCCUGGGGAAGGUUCUGGGCCCCCGGCACUUCCCUGUGGGCAGCUGUACUCGGGUGUCAAUAAAGUCCACACCGGCA